AUGCGGGGCACGUCGGCUCUGUCAGUCUUGCUGCCCUCUCUCUUUUCUGCAACCAACAUUCUUGCUUCAGAACAACAGCCGUUUGAGUUUGGAGAGAUGUCUGCACCACAGUAUACGCUGCCUCCCCUCCCAUAUGCAUACGAUGCAUUGGAACCCCACAUCUCCGCCCAGAUCAUGGAGCUGCACCAUGGCAAGCACCACCAAACAUACAUCACAAACCUGAACGCUGCUCUCAAGACACAAGCUGAAGCGGUGCACACCUCGGACAUCACAUCUCAGGUCGCUUUCCAGCAAGGCAUCAAGUUCAAUGCCGGUGGACACAUCAACCACUCCCUCUUCUGGCAGAAUCUCGCUCCGGCAAGCUCUUCUGAAGCUAAGAGCUCUGCUGCGCCAGAGCUUGUGAAGCAGAUCAAGGCAGUCUGGGGUGACGAAGACGAGUUUAGAGAGGCUUUCAACGCUGCAUUGCUCAGCAUCCAGGGCAGUGGUUGGGGCUGGCUGAUCAAGGUCGAGACUGGUAAGGAGCAGAGGCUCGCUAUCGUCACAACAAAGGACCAGGACCCUGUGGUUGGCAAGGGCGAGGUUCCGAUCUUUGGUGUCGACAUGUGGGAGCAUGCAUACUACCUCCAAUACCUGAACGGCAAAGCUGCGUACGUGCAGAACAUCUGGAAUGUUAUGAACUGGAAGACUGCUGAAGAGCGCUUCCUUGGUUCGCGUGCAGACGCUUUCAAGGUCCUCAAGGCAUCCAUCUAG